GAAAUCUCCACUAUAAAUAACCAUUACUAUUAUCUUUCCACUCAAUAGUAUCCCAUUACAAAAAAACCGUCACCCUAAUCCUUUGCCUUAAUAUUUCAUCUAAUUCACCACACGACCAUGACUCCUUCUCUUCAACAACCAAUUCCAUCUGAAUCAAUAACCAGCGAUGCAUCAUCGGACGUUACCAUCACUGGAAAGAUAUACACACGAGUUCGUCUUGCUACGAAAUCUAAUCUGUCCCAUAUUUACAAAUUAUUUUACCAAAUUCAUGAAUACCAUAACUAUAUUCAUUUAUACAGAGCUUCUGAGUCUUCCUUAGCCAACUUGCUCUUUAAAGAAAAUCCUCUUCCACUUUUCUAUGGGCCAUCCGUACUUCUACUUGAAGUCUCUCAAACCCCUUUUAAAGAACCCACAAACGAAGGGUUUAAACCUGUCCUUACAACUUUCGACCUUAAAUUCCCUGUGGUGGAAGGAGAAGUUGAGGAAUUCAGAUCCAAAUAUGAUGAUAAGAGUGAUGCUUACAUCGCGGGAUAUGCUUUCUUUUACGCGAAUUAUUCAUGCUUCAAUGACAAGCCCGGGUUAUAUUUGGAGAGUCUUUACUUAAGAGAAAGUUAUAGAAACUUGGGAAUGGGGAAAUUGUUGUUUGGAACAGUUGCAUCCAUUGCUGCCAACAAUGGAUUCGUAUCGGUAGAGGAAAUAGUAGCAGUUUGGAAUAAGAAGGCAUAUGAUCUUUACAUAAAUAUGGGGCUUGAAAUAUUUGAUGAGUUUAGGUAUGGGAAGUUGCAUGGUGAAAAUAUUAAAAUGUAUGCUGAUAAAAAUGUAGGCAACUGAAAGUUAAUACCCCUACAUAUUGAAGGUGCAAUUUAUUAUAUUGUAUUUGUAAUUUUUUAUUUUUGAAUUUUUUUAUCAAAAUAAGUCACUAUUUAAAUUAAUUCACUAAAGUAAUUUGUUUUUUAAAUUUUUUUUACAAAAUUAGAAUAAACUUAUUUG